AUGUCGUCCCCAGCAGUCCAGCUCUCAUUCACUCUCCGCACGUCUCCCAACGUCCGGACUGUCCAUCUCCUCGGCUCAUGGGACAACUACAAGUCCCAGCUCCCCCUUUCGCUGGUCAAAGACAGCACCGCCAAGCCGGGGUCCUGGAAGGGAACAUUCCGCUUCCAAGGGUCGAACGCGCUCAAACUCGGCUCGCGCUACUGGUACUACUACAUCGUCGACGGCUACCACGUGUCGCACGACCCGGCCAAGGAAUUCGUGACGGAGAAGACGACGGGCCGCAAACUCAACGUCAUCGACGUCCCCAAGGCCGGCGGUAGUAGCAGUGGCAGUGGUGGCAGGACAACAACAGCAGCAGCAACAGCACAACGACCUACUGUUGCAAGCACCACCACCACCACAAGCUAUAGCAGCAACCGGUACAGUCGAGAAGUCCCACAAGGCCGGGCCCUGAGUCCCGGCAAGAUCCAACACCCCAAGCCCGGCAAGCCGUACGCGUCUCGACAACUGCGCGAAGCCGAUUACGAGCACUCGCCCGUCGACGACCUCGAGGAGCGCUUUGCCGGCUACCGCAUCAGCGCGGACCAGUCGUCGUCGUCGCCGUCCGAGUUGUCCGACGACAGCUCGUCCAGUGGGACGGCCUUCUCGCGCUCGUCGCCGUCGACCAUGUCCAGCGUCAGCGAUCGGAGCUGUCGCUGUGAACGCUUCGGCGUGACCCGGUCGGGACAGCGCGUCAAGCUCGACUGCGGCGGCAAGCGCUGUGGGGGGUGGAGUUCCAGUUCUUCCGAAUGUGAGUCGUCUGUGGCUAGCGAGGAGGACUCGAGCGAGGACGAACGUGCCCGUCGCGCCAGGAUGCAUAAGGAGGCCGAGAGGAGGCGGGCGCCGCCUUCCUCAAAAGCCCAUGCUGGCGCCGAUGAUCGCAGGAGAACUGUCGUUGUUGAGAAGAGAAGGAGAUAG